AUGUCUAUUGUUGAAGCAACUGCUCAAUUAUCUGUUUGGGGUCCAAUCACACUAUUUUUCAUUGGAUUUAUAUCAAACUUUUCCAACAUGAUUAUUUUCGUCGGAGUAAAAACAUUUCGGCAAUCUCCCAGUACUUUUUAUAUUAUGGGUCAGUCAAUCACUAACCUAGGUGCGUUAAUAAUGAUUCUUCUACAAAGUAUUCCAUCAACAUCUGGAUCUGCAUCAUCAGUAUCAUGUAAGUUAAUAAUGUACUUUAGUCAAGUAACAGCACCUGCAGCAAUGAGUUUUCUUUGGUUAUCUGCAUUCGAUCGAUGGGCAUGUACAUCUCGAUCGACGCGAAUACGAAAAUUAAGUUCAAAUCAUAUAGCUUCUCGUCUCUUUCUAUUUCCUUUUGUUUUUUGGUCAUUGAUCUGCAUUCCUUAUUUCCUAUUUUGCGAUUUGGUACCUCCUACGUUUAAUUGUAUUUAUACUAACGAAAUUUUUGCCCAAGUUUCUCUUUAUUUUCUGGAUCCUCUAGUCGCUGCUAUAUUUCCUCUUAUAAUUUUAAUAAUAUUCGGUAUAUUAACAUAUCAAAAUAUUUUUGGUGUUACUCGUGUUCAUCAAGAUUUAGUUCGAACUCGUUUAUCAAUAACUCGUUUAUCAACAUGGGAACAACAAAUGACGAAAAUGAUGAUUAGUCAAACUCUUUUAACUAUUUUAUGUACACUUCCUCGAGCAAUUUUUUUUAUUUAUAUAAUGGCAAUAAUUAAUGAAAUAGCAAUGAAAAGUGUUGAUGAAUUAGAAAUUAUAUAUUUUAUGAAUCAAUUCACUGCAUUUAUCUUUGGAAUCAAUUUCGCUUUAUCUUUUUACAUUUUUCUUCUUUUUUCACCACGAUUUCGACAGACAAUUAAAACCCAUUUAAAAUGUCAAUUCCAUUUAACAAAUAAUCAAGUUGCUCCUUAG